GCGCCCCCUGGCGCCAGGUUCGACGGCCCAAGAAGCCCUCCGAACACCGCACAUGUACCCUGCAAAUUCUUCCGUCAGGGCGCAUGUCAGGCCGGGUCAGCCUGUCCUUUUAGUCACGAUAUCGGGGCGGCAGCCGAGACCGUCUGCAAAUACUUUGCAAAGGGCAACUGCAAAUUCGGUCCCAAGUGCGCCAACAUUCACGUCCUGCCCGACGGCCGACGCAUCAACUAUGGCAAGAAUGGCGUGACCGUCACGCCCAUCAACUUCGGGAACCGACUGAACCCCCUUGCGUAUGGACACUCCUCUAAUUCUGCCCUGACCAACUCUUUCAUGCGCGCCGAGGCUGUUCCGCCGUACACGUCCUACGCGAAUGCAACCGAUGACCGAUAUAACCACGGGCUGGGCAGGCAGCCAAGCAUGGACGGCGGCCUGCCCACCAUCGACACGCAGUACAGCGGCCCGACCUCGCCCUAUGGCUCACCCCAUGGCGGCGCGGAAGAGACAAACCGUGGUGGCUUCGGCCUGUCGCCCGUCUCAGCCGUCAAGGGACUGUCCGUGCUCGAUGCACCCCUUCCGGCCUCCUUCGACUCCAACGGCAUCUCCCAUGCAGCCCGGUACGGACCUUGGCCCGCCUCCGUCCCUAAUAAGUUCGGCAUCGAAUCCCCGUCCCCGUCGCUGAGCAAUGCCAAGGACUCGAGGACCUCCGAGACCCUCAAGAUGCUGCACACCUCAGCCUUUGGCUCCAAUGAACACCUGUCUCCGUCACAGCUGGGAGGUGAUGCCGAGAACAUGGGCAGUAGUCCGCCCCAACAGCCCAUCGGCGAGGAGGUCUACACCCGGCGCGUGAUGCACAGCAGCAGCAGCAGGUACGCCAAGCCGAGGCUGCUGAGCUCCAGCGCGCCCAAGGUGGACAGGGACUGGGACGACAACUUCCUGUUCCUCGAGGAGGACUAUGUCCCGGGCGAACUGGCCAACGACCUGCUCACGCCGGCGGAGAAGGCGAGAAGGGGUAGCGUGCGGGUGCCGGACGGAAAUGAGCAGAGCGCAUCGGGCGAGAGUAGCACCAAGUACGGCAGUCCUUUCGGCGCCGGCAGCCCUAGUCGGUGGAACACGCUAUUCGAGCGGCAGAAGGAGGAGCAGUCGUCUGGUCCGGGUGCGCUGGGCAGGAGCCUAAAGGGCACGAGCGCAUUCGGACACGUGGGCAGCCCGCUGCGCAACUCGAGUCUGGCCUCAGGGAUCGACCUCGUUGGACAGAAUGGUUCGAGCAGCAGGCCCAGCCUGGCCGGGAGCAGGACUGGCAGUGGCACAGAAUCACUCUCCGCGCUGACGCAGCAGAUUCAGCGGAUAAGGCUGAAUGACGACAGCAGUCUGGGCACGAGUCCGCACUUACACCCGAGUGCCGCCAAUACCAGGUCGGCAGGUAUGAUGGCCUCAGGCCUGGGAGCGAUCGGUUCUAAAGAGACCGAGAGGAACCGCGCCCUGGAGCGACAUAUCAGCAGCGGUUCGAUCGGGUCCAACGCCAACGGACGGUUCACGACUCCAAUCGACGAGGAAGAUCCAAGCUUCGUGUUCAGCAUGGAAGACGACGAUGAGGCGGCACAGCGGGAGAAAAGCAGACUUCGACAGUCAGGAGGCUUUGGCGUUGGCUCUAACUGGAGCUACACCAAUGUUACUGGCAAGGCCUCAUCCGGCAGC